UUUCGAUAUGACAAAACAGAUUGCAUUUAAUUUUAUGAAAUUUUUAGGUAAAGAAGGAAUUCGAUUACCUCCUAUAAGCCCUCUAGCAGUAGAUGGUAUAGAAAUGGUUAGAUUCAAUCCACAUUCCGAUCAAAUAGAGAAGAUCAAACAAGCCCUUGAAAAGUUUAAGAAUCCUCCUUCAGUUGAUCAAACUGAAGAGAAUAUUGAGAAAGAAGCCAAUGAAUUAGAAUCUACUCCAGAUACUCCGGCUGUUGAUCAGACUGAAGAGAAAGAUGUUACACCUAUUGAUGAAGCACCUACUCCGGAUAUAAAACAGGAAGAGGAAAAAUUGCCUUCUGAUCAUGAGGUUACUUCGAUAUGCCAAAAGACCGUGCUUAUAAGUUUAUACAAUAUUUAAAUA